UCCUGUGUGUGUGUGUGAGAGAGAGAGAGAGAGAAAGGAAGGGAGGGAGGGAGUGAGUGAGUGUGUAUGAGUGGCUGACCUCGCACUGAAUGGACUGGGAUUCUCAGCCACGUAAGUAGUUAGUACACCGCAGGAGAUGAUGCCUUGCUGAAAUAAGGGAUAGGCCUGGGAAAGUCGGCCAUCCCUUCUUCUUCUCCUUCUUCUUUUUCUUUACCUUCUUCAUCAUCUUAAUCGUCGCCUGGUCCUGACCAUUCCGCAAGAGAUUUCGGGAUUCUUUUUUUUUUUAGAAAAACGCCGCAGAAGGACGUCGACUCCCGAAGAGAGAGAGAGAGAGAGAGCUAGAGAGAAAGAAAGAAAGAAAAUUCCACAUCAAGGGGUUUUUGCACUCGGUCCGUGUAGCGUGUGUAGCAGAUGGCGAGCGGAGCUGCGUGGAAAUGAGCAGCAGUGCAGGAAGGAGGCCGCUGAAUGGAAACGGAGCCGUGUCUCAGGAAAGCCGACACCACUGACCGCUUAGCACGUUAGCCCAAAGAGGCGAUUCUGCUCGCCUUCGGACAUUUAACACUGCUCUCUUGAAUUUGCACCAGUUUUUUUUCCUCCAAAAAUCUUUGCACUCGUGUGAAGAAAAACCUGCAGUUUCAACCACAGCAUUCAUUCAGCUCAGGCUUAGAUUAACUGCCCCCACACCACAGGGUAACUUUUUUUUUUUUUUUUUUUUUUGCACCGGGAAUAUUUUUAUUUAACAUUCGCAAAGCUGUUUACACACACCUGUUUCGGUGAUGUUCUGAUCGGCGGCGUGUGUUUUUGUGUUUUGCAAGUUCCCAGGCACAUUUCUCGUGUACAUUUCCCCCUCUCGCGCCCUCUCGCACAGUGCUUUAGGAUCAAACCUCAUCUAACACCCAUGAACAUACAGCGCUCAAAUCCCAUCAACAUCGCACGGUAUGGGAGAGCGAGGCACAAAGCGCACAAAUUGGAGGAGCUGUCUUGUCUACAACAGAGGACUCCGGAAGCGAAUCAGAGCUUUAGUCCUAAUCUAGGCUCCCCGAGUCCUCCGGAGAGCCCGGACUCCACUCACCGAGUGUCCUGUAUCGGGAAUUACCUCUUACUGGAGCCGCUGGAGGGAGACCGCGUGCUCCGGGCCGUGCACUUACACAGCGGGGAAGAGCUCGUGUGCAAGGUGUUCGAUAUCAGCCGAUAUCAAGAAACGUUAGCUGCCUACUUUGUACUUGGUGCUCAUCAGAACAUCAACCAAAUAGUGGAGAUUCUCCUUGGAGACACGCGGGCGUACGUGUUCUUUGAGAGGAGCCAUGGAGACAUGCACUCGUUUGUUCGCACUUGCAAGAAGUUGCGGGAGGAAGAGGCUGCCAGACUCUUCUAUCAGAUAGUGUCCGCCGUGGCACACUGCCAUGACAACGGCCUGGUUCUCAGAGACCUCAAGCUGAGGAAGUUUGUCUUUAAGAAUGAGGAAAGGAACCUUGUUAAGUUGGAGAGUUUAGAAGAUACAUACCUCCUGAAGGGAAGCGAUGACUCUCUCUCAGACAAACAUGGCUGUCCUGCUUACGUGAGCCCGGAGAUCCUCAACGCCAGCGGCAGCUACUCGGGCAAAGCGGCAGACGUGUGGAGUCUGGGUGUCAUGCUCUACACCAUCCUCGUUGGCCGUUACCCUUUCCAUGACGUUGAACCCGGCUCGCUCUUCAGCAAGAUUCGGCGUGGCCACUUCAGCAUCCCCGAGACGCUGACGCCCAAAGCGCGCUGCUUAAUCCGCAGUAUUUUGCGGCGGGAGCCAGCUGAACGGCUGACGUCACGUGAAAUCCUGGAGCAUCCCUGGUUCCUGGCGGCUACUGGCCUGGCUGGUACUGCCUAUGUCAGAGGAGAACGUGAAGCAGACCAGAUGGUGCCCGAGGCCAACAUGGAGGAAGAGUUGGAGCAGUUCCUCAGCUGAGCAGCACAAAAAAAAAGAAAAAAUUAAAGACAUUUUGCCACGUGUUUUAGAUGACAGAAUGCACUCAUACAACUGUGUUUAUCUUUAUCUCCCAUUCCAUGGAGAAAACCAGAGAAGGUCUGGCUUGAUGGUGUGGAACACCUUCAGCAAGAGCUUCUGGGCAAAUGCAAAUGUUAAUGUUCAGUAAUGUAGCAAGACUUAUAACUAUCUUUAGGUUGAGUUUUUGUUUAUUUUAAGUGGUGCUCAUGGGGUGUACAAGUCAUAUUAAGCUACGAAAAAAAGAAUAAAAAAUAAAAACAUGACGGCACAGGAGACCUCAGCCAAGGAGAACAACACCAUCAUCAAGCAAACUGCAACCACUCCUGUUCUGAUUUAUCAAAGUAGACACCAUUGUCUACACGUAUUGAACUUUAAAAGCAUUUUGUUGGCUGCAUUUGCAUAUUUAUUCAUUAUGUUUUUUUGUUUUUGUUCUUUUUAAGUAUAUUAUUUACACCAUUCUGCUCUUUCAUAACCUUGUAGGCCAAUAUGUACGUGGCGGCUACCGGUGGAACUGCAGUAUAAGUUUGUAAAUUCUCCUUUUCAGACUUGAUCCACUUUCCAACUGUGUAUUUGCGUUUCUCUCAUUUGUGAGACUGCAUUCAAACUCAGUCACCCCCCCUACCGCCCCUGUUGCAUUAAGCUAUUCCUUCUCAGCUGUUAUUGCUGCUUAUUUCUCCUCUAGCCUGAACCGAACCCGUUUGAGCCUUGAGACAUGAGGGGCGCUUGGCCUGCCCGGGCAAAGUGAAUGGUCCAUUCCAUCUCUGUAGACUAUCAUCUAUUUAAUUUGUAAUUUCAUUUUUAUUAUUUUUUUUUUUCUGCUGAAAUGAAAGAGUUUUUAAUUUAAAGUAACAACAUCUAUAUUUAAAUAUAUUUGCAGGAUUCUUCUUUAUUACCUUAGUUUCUGUUUCCACAAAUAUUGUAGGCAAUACUCUUGACACAGGACAGUCUUGAUGUUGGUGUUAAAGACUGUCCCAAGGUUUCGAAAUUAAACCAUCUAACUUAAGUGCCAGUAUUUGUGCCCCACGCCACCAAUGCCGAUAACAUCCCUUCUCUUUUUACUUUCGAUUUAGCUUUUAACACCUUGUUAAAUGAUGUUACGACGACUUACACCGUCUCCAGUACCUCAUGUUACUUUUCUACUGCCUGCCUAGGUUCUGUGAAAUGAUCAUGUUUUAAAUAGGUACAUGUGGACAUGUUUUGUGGUAUAUCAAUGUUCCUUCGAGUUGUGAUCUCUAGUUAAUGGCAUGUACCCUUUUGAAUGCUAUAGCCUAGCAGGAGGGCUGGGGAAGGUGUUUUUCCCCCUUUUUUUUGUUUAAAAAGUAAAUCCUAGCAAAAUUCUAUUUUUUAACUGCUAAGAGUUUAAGUUGUGUUUGCAAAAGCAUUAGGAUUAUAAGUAUAUUUUUAAUAUGCUUUCAGGUAGAAUGAAUUGCCCACAUUAUUUGGUGCUGAGUGAAGGAUUUUUUUUCUCCUUUUCCUUUUUUUUUUGAAGGGGUGGGGGGCAUGCAUGGUGGGAUAUCUGCCUCAGAUGCUCUGAUUGUAAUGUAAUGAUUUUGGUGUUUUGUCCAAAUUUAUUCAGUAAAUAAAAUGUGACCUGCACACUGAAA